UUAGUCCCGCCUGCUUUUUUGUAGGUAUAUAUAAAGUAGGGAACCUUGGUCAGGCCUUUAGAGGUUAAGAAAGAGAGUGAUAGGAAGUACAAUAAUCGAGUUCUUUAGAAGUAUGCCUGCUAGGAGAUUGUCACUAACACUUCUUCUGGUCGCCCCAAUCAUCUCCGCAAGAAGACUUAGCUCAGAAGACUUAGGUCUGACUGGAACAACGACAGCAUGGGGUGAGCAAACGGAGAAUACUGAGAACGGAGACUUGUACACCUCCACUUCCGAGUUGGGAGAUUGGGACACCACUACGGAACCAACCGAGACCUACCAACCAGAGUACGAUGAAGGUUUCGAAAACUUUGGCUCCUGGCUACGGCGAAAAAGAUCCUCGGAUCCAGAGGAUGACUUAGAAACAGCUGAGCAGGUACUCUUCCGUCCAACUUUCCGCUACAAGCAUCUUGUGAAAGAGCGAGAGAAACACAGACUGCAAGAGCAACUCCGGCGACAGUUCAGUCAGAAGUCACAGGUCUCGGCACAACCAUCCAGGAAGUACUACAAUACUUACCCCCAACAGAACCAGAGAUACCCACAGGUACCAAGUGCACAGAGAGUAUAUUCCCAAACUUCCCUUUCCCAAAGUGUAUAUUCCCCUCAGAGGGUGUAUCCCCAAAAAACUUCCCCACCCCAGAGGGUAUAUUCCCCACAAACUGCCCCGCCACAGAGGGUAUAUUCCACUCAGUCUUCCCCUCAGAGAGUUUACCCGCAAGCAUCGGCCACACAGAAAGUGUAUUUGGCAAAUUCCCCAAUUGUGCCAAAUUACCCUCAACUUGUCCAGUCUUCCCCACAAUUCCCGGCACAAUAUACUCAAGGAUUCAGGCAACAAAGGUCUCCUUAUAAUUACUUUUACUCUCCAAAAACUUACUAAACUUAUAAGGCUUUACAAUCAUAAAUUGUAAGUGUAUUAUUUAAACAUUUGAAGGUUUUGAACAGUUGUUUGUGUAAUAUAACCUUAAAAAGUCACAAAUAUGCUGCCACAAAUUUUAUAUGAAUUUUUAAAUUAAAGUCUUAAGAAUUUAAAAAGUUGUUUGUUUUUAGAAAACCUUAAAACAUACCUAUGGGAAUGCAGGUUUAUUCAGUUGUGCAAUGUGACAGAGUACAUUAUUUCCGAUCUCAAAAUAAAUUGAUUCUUUUUUGGAGAUUGUGAAAAAAAGAUCAAGCGUUUUUGUAUUUUUACAAUUACAGCAAUAAGUUAACCAGCGUAACGGAUUAAACAAUUGAUCAGAUUUGA